ACGUAGUUCGCACAUGAAUUUAUUUUUCCCUAAUUGGGGAAAUGAACCCAUAAACUUGGGAGGAACCUUCAAGGUUCAAACCUACUACAAAUCUCUCCCAAACAAGUUUUCUAGUGUUUUACACUUUGCACAUGUGAUGAGAGACUAGACUAGUCCCUUGAGAGAAGCUCCUAACAAAUAAAACGAAACCAUACUUCACUGUCGCAGUCAAAAUCUCCGUAUUUGAAUCCAAUGACGCAUAUAUCAAUUCAACUCUGAAUCUGAAGCUUCCCGUAUGUCAACGGAAGCGCCCAAGCGCGACCAAUGGCAGUGGGAGAACGCCACCGCCGGCGCCGCCGCUGGAUUCGCCACCGUCGCCGUCAUGCAUCCCCUCGAUGUUGUCCGAACUAGGUUCCAAGUUAACGAUGGUCGAGUCUCUAAUUUUCCCAGUUACAAGAACACCGCUCACGCCGUUUUCACUAUCGCUCGUUCCGAGGGAUUAAGAGGGUUAUAUGCAGGCUUCCUUCCUGGGGUUCUUGGGUCAACUAUUUCAUGGAGUUUAUAUUUCUUCUUCUAUGACAGAGCCAAACAGAGAUAUGCAAGGAACAGGGAGGGGAAGUUGAGCCCAGGUCUGCAUCUUGCCUCAGCAGCUGAAGCAGGAGCUAUAGUUUCCUUCUUCACAAAUCCAGUAUGGCUGGUAAAGACAAGAUUGCAGCUUCAAACUCCUCUUCAUCAGACACGACCAUACUCUGGGGUUUAUGAUGCAUUUAGGACCAUAAUGAGGGAAGAAGGAUUUAGUGCACUUUACAGAGGAAUUGUUCCUGGUCUAUUUCUGCAGGUCUCUCAUGGUGCUAUUCAGUUUACAGCAUAUGAGGAGCUACGCAAAGUUAUUGUUGAUUUUAAGAGUAAGGGAAGUACAGUAGAUAAUCAAAACCCUGAUAAAUUGCUGAAUUCUGUUGAUUAUGCUGUUCUUGGAGCAACAUCAAAACUUGCUGCAGUACUUCUAACCUAUCCAUUUCAGGUUAUACGGGCUCGAUUGCAGCAAAGACCCAGUGGUGAUGGGGUUCCAAGAUAUAUGGACACUUUGCAUGUUGUGAAAGAAACUGCACGAUUUUGUUCUGUUGCAGAUUUGAAAGUGUCCGAGGUUUUUACAAAGGAAUUACCGCAAACCUCUUGAAGAAUGCUCCCGCUUCUUCGAUAACAUUUAUUGUUUAUGAAAAUGUCCUAAAAUUGCUUAAACCGGCUAGAAGGAAUGACUGAGUAUUUCAUGAUUCUUUCCUUUCUCCUUAUUGCUGUUUAAUCUCCUUUCUUAUCUGAUAUUUGUUGCAUUGAAAAAUUGCUCAUUUUUCCUAUCACUUUUUAAUGAUGGGAUUCUACACAAUACACAAUUGCUCAUUGAA